AUGACAGACACCAUCACGCCUGAAACUUGUCAACAGACUCCCUCUACCGAAGCCAACAAUGACAUAGACAAUGACAGUAUCCAUGAGUCUGUCCACCAAAACACUCCCGCUUCGGCUCAAGCGCAAGUUGCCUCAAGUACUGGGGAAUUCGAACAUCUCUUUAGAACCGAGGAUACAAAUGAUCAACCCACGACAACCCGCAGAGAGUUAUGGUCCUACUAUCUGUACUAUAACGGCGACAAUGGAGUUGGCCCGGGAUCCUAUACUCAGACACUGUUUCAAUGGGCAUUGAACGGUGCAGGCUGGCAACCAGGCACAAAUCCCCGCAAGCCAUGUACGAAUACAUCUCCCUGUGUCGUUCCUUGGGCCGGAGGACCUCGAUCAGUUUCCUCGGUUGUGCUCAUUGCCAAUGGUCUCAGCUUCGCAUUCAUGACCAUAACAUUCGUUUGGCUCGGAAGUGCAGCCGACUAUGGCUCAUUUGGUCGCUGGUUACUUCUAGGACUGACAGUAGUGUGCUGGGCCAUGCAAUAUGGCAUGAUGUCAGUCAGUCAUCCCAGUCAAUGGCCAACAGCUAUGGGGCUGUACAUAGUUUCAUAUGUAGCAUAUGGCGCAACCCUGGUCUUCUACGCAGCCGUCUUCCCCCGACUCGCGCGCUAUAUGCCGCAUGUUCGCAGAGCGCGAGAGGAGGACCUGAAAGAGGGUAGGAUCAACCAGCAAGAGUACGAUGCCAUUGAAUCUUUGGAGAGGAACCAUAUCAGCAAUGUUUCAACCGCCCACAGCAACAUUGGAUAUCUAGCCGUACUGGUUCUCAAUCUGAGUAUUCUUCUGCCGUUGCAGAAAAACAGUUAUUCGAACAACCUCGCUCUGUGUUUGACAAACUCAUAUUGGGUUAUCCUGGGAAUGUGGUGGUUUGUUUUCCAGCAGAGACGCCCCGGUCCCAAAGUCCCAGAAGGCUCAAACUAUGCAACCAUCGGGGUCAAGCAAAUUUGGCUUGCCCUUCGUAAGGUCCGGUCUCUACCGCAGACCUUCCUGUACUUUGUUGCCUACUUUCUCCUCGCCGAUGGGCUCAAUACAACCGGGACACUGGUAUCAAUAAUUCAAAACGACAUGUUCUCGUUCUCGUUCCUUCAGAUAACGUAUCUCGGGAUCACCCAAGCAAUAUGCUCGAUUGUAUCGACAUUUGGCUGCUGGUAUAUCCAAAGUUACUUCAAGAUCAGGACGAAGCGCAUGUUCCUCGUCACAAAUUUCUUCACCGUGCUGAUUCCCUUAUGGGGCAUGUUGGGCCUAUGGACAAAUCGCGUUGGCUAUCAUCACCGUUGGGAGUUCUACUUUUACAAUGUCGUCUUUGGCUUAUUUCAAGCUCCAUAUUACGCGUAUGCUCAGACAAUGAUCAGUGAGCUCAUGCCUCCCGGCUACGACAACAUGUUCUUUGCCUUAUUUGGAAUCACCAAUCGCGCUUCAUCCAUCAUCGGCCCCAACGUCGUCCAAGCCAUCAUCAACGACACCCAGAGCAACUGGAUGGGCUUCCCUUUCUUAUUUGCGAUUUGCACUGCAGCCAUGAUCGGGGUUGCUUUUGUGGAUGUCGAGAAAGGACGGGCGGACGGGAAGCGCUUUGCGCAAGAACACACCAUUGCUCGUGUCCCUGACGAGGGCGAAGUGGAGGGGGCAGGGAAAGAUGGCGUAACAACCCGCGUUGAGCAUGGAGAACAGAGUGGAAAUUAA